AUGGCCUCUGGAUACAAAGUACCGAAAGAUCAAAUGCAAGAGCCGAUAGAGAUUAGAAACAGACGAAAUUCAAUGGACUCAUUCUCUAGAAAAUCGUUAACACCAAAACUUGGGGGGACUGAAGCAUGCCAAAAGUUCAUAAAAGGUACAGAUUUCGUCGAACUUUUUGUCAUUAACGAUUUAAAUGAAAAUAAUUGGCGAAAGCCUAUAGUAAAAUAUUUAGAAAAUCCAGAUGGAACCACUUGUCGAAAGGUGAAAUAUAGAGCCUUGAGCUAUGUAAUAAUGGGCAAUGAAGUAUUCAAAAAGACUUCGGAAGGAGUUUUGCUGAAAUGCCUGGGUGAAACAGAUGCAUAUUUGGCUGUUUCUAAUACACAUAGCGGAACUUGUGGAACGCACCAAGCUGGCCAUAAAAUGAAAUGGCUUUUGUUUCGACAAGGGUUAUAUUGGCCAACUAUGCUCAAAGAUUGCAUAGAAUUCGCAAAAGGAUGCCAAAAGUACGCUGGAAUUCAACGCGUCCCGACAAGUGAACUUCAUGCGAUAAUCAAACCCUGGCCAUUUAGAGGAUGGGCUUUAGAUGUGAUAGGGGAAAUCAAACCCACCUCAUCAAAAGGAUAUAGUUACAUCUUGGUAGGAAUAAAUUAUUUUACAAAAUGGAUAGAGGCAAUUCCCGUAAAAGAUGUUACUCAAGAGGAAGUUAUAAGUUUCAUCCAGAAGUUCAUUAUCUAUAGGUUUGGUAUUCCAGAAACCAUAACCACAAACCAAGGAUCCGUGUUCACUGGUCAAAAGAUGGCAAAGUUUGUAACGCCCUAA